AUGACUCCACGACUCCAACUCCGCAGGAAGGAGCGCGUCAUCGGCCAAUUGGAGAUCGACCGGAUCCUCACCCCUUCCAUUCGUGAUGCCUAUGAAUCUUUGCCGCUCCACACCGACCCCUUGGGCGAGACCGAGCCGCCCCCUCCCGCCGGCUGGGCCGGCCGCGCGUCCGUGGCGCCGGCGGGCGCCGCCGACGGCGGCGGACCGCGCGCGGGCGACGGCCUGCAGCGGAAGCAGACGGAUUCGCUGGCGCCGGGCGCCGAGCCGUCGGAACGGCACCUGGCGUACCAGCUCUCGGUGUCAGUGCGGAACGUGAUCCCGGCUGACAAGGACGAGAGCGCGGUGGUGUUUUUCUCAGGCUGUUUCAGCCUCCUCGAAGACUGGCUCGCUGAGAUUCGAGGGUUGAACGAGCGAGACCGAAAGCACCGCCGAGAAGAGAAGCCCCAGACCAAGCCCGACAAGAGAGAAGAGGAUCCCAAAAAGUGGUGCGAAGAAGGAGAAAAGUCGGAGGAGGAGGAGACAACGGGAGAAAACAAGCUCAUCUCCCAGCUCACGAGGCCGAGACAAGAAGAAGAGGAGGCCACCGCCAGUCAGGCCUCCCAAGAGGCCGUCCAUCCCGCAGGGACCAGGGCCCCCGCUCUUCGGAAGCGGCCUGCCAGUCACGUGGCCAGUGAGGAGAAGGUCACAAGGCUUCAUCUCUUCAGAGAGCUUGCCGCGGUGCAGUUGAGAGGCCUAGGCCUGGUGGAGCUUGCACAGGCGUCGUACUACGAGGGCCACAUCAAGCUUGCAGGCUUCGUUGAAGGACUAGGAAAGGAAGAUGACUUUCUGACUUUCCGUGCAACCGGGACGCAGACGGAUCAUAUGACUGAGCUGCUCUCGGAUCCUCAGAGACGCAUUUUCCAGCUGCAUGUGUGUGGGCCUAGCUGCGGACGCCGCGAGUCAGGCCCGGACAUCAUCCACGCGGCAGGUUAUUGGGUGGUUGAAGAGGAGGAGAAGAAGCCAUGGCAGACUAUGUAUGACGAGGGUCCGGCGAAGGUUGGAGCAGAGGAUGAGAUGGGGGCACUUCGAAAGUUGCACGAAGAGCGAAAGGGGGCAGACCGAAGGGAGGACAGGCCUCCCAGUGAGGAGUCAGAGAAGAAAAGCAAGGCAAAAGAGAAAAAGAAGAAGAAGAAGCAGAAAGAGAAGUUGAAGAAGCAAGAGAAGGAGCCGGGCCCCAAGAAGGGGGCAGACGUUGAGGAGGACAGUGCAUUGUUGGAGCGGGGGCAGAAAGCACUGUCAGCCUUGUAUGGGGGAACUUGCUUGGACCCAGAUGCUGAGACCCGAAGCAGACUGCUGAAGAGAGCAAAGCGGUUUGGUGGCCGAAGCUCAAAGAAGAGGAGGAGGUCAUCGAGUGAGGACACCAGCGACUCGAGCACCACGAGUGAGACGGAGGAGGAUGAGUUCGGCGAAGGGUUAUUUGAGGAGCGGAAGAGAGCCCUCCGUCUGACAAGACGGUAUCCUGGCAGUCUGGCCGCGCAAACGGUGGCCAGCAUGAAGGAAUCGCUGCUCACUCAGAGCGGGAGCCUGUAUGCUCAAGAUCGGAAGACCCUUCCGCCGAUCUUCUCGCAGUUUUACAGGUCCGAGAUGCAGGCGCUUUGCUCUCCUUCGAUGAGUCAGGAGCUCCUUACGCUAUCUCAAGGAGCCGAUCUACUCCUACGUGGGCAUCCAGCACGAGCGCUUGACUUGCUGGCGCAACGCGUCAAGGCCCUCGAUCAGCAGAUCCGAGGCGGACACUGGACGGUUGCCAGACAGUUAGAGUUAGUCAGUGCUGACUCAGUGGGCCUUAGCAAAGGCCCCGAGGGCCAAGAGGCCGCCAAGCUGGCGCGUGAAGAGCUUCGGGAUAGACUUGCCUCCCAGCGGCCAUAUGGGUCUGGUAGUGGAUCCGGGGGCCGAGACAAAGGGGAGGGGGCCAAGCAAGCAAAAGGGUCAAAAAGGGUCUGGAAAGGGACGGAUGAGCAGAGGACGCAGAGGGCACUAGAGCUGGAGGACAAGGGCACAGAGGCUGAGGCGAGAGAAGAGACAAGGGCUAUAGAGAGGCUGUUGGAGGAUUGUCGUGAAGAGGGCUUGAGGCGAAAGAAAACAAAGGAUGGAGAGCAGCAGGUGGGCCCGAGGCCGCAUGUGGAGUUGGGAAGGGAGCCGCAGGGCUCCCAGACCAAGGACGAGAGGAGUGUGGCGUUGUGGGAGUCGCGAGGGCGUGACAUUGUUGUGAGGAGAGAGGAUGAUGCUGCAUUGGGCCCGCCUGGUGACGUUGAUUUUUUGGAAGGGGAGCAGGACUCCCAGAGCGCUGGGGUUGGAUCAGAGAAACAGCAGGGCGGUUUGGGAGACACUGCUUCACAGACCUAUACCUCCCCACUGAAAAGUGGGUCGAGAAGGAUGGUGCUGGAAGCAAGCAAUCGGCAAGCCUUUGAACAGUGCCGGUACAACCUUGCCACGGCAUGUCGAAAAAAGGGGUUGAGAUUUGAGGAGAUUGGGGAGCCGCUUCUAGAGGCGUUGAAGGUGCAGGAGAAGGCAUAUGCGCGUUGCAGCGAGACCAAAGGGGACUUGUUCCCCUUGCCCCUUCCAUCGUCCCUGAAGCCCGACACUCCCCCGGGUUUUUGUACAGAUGCAUUGGUGCAAGCAUUGAAUUCAUUGUAUGGGACAAAGACUUUGACGAGAGUGAGAGAGGACAAGGUUCGGUUGACCAUGGUUGAGAGAUUGGAGAAGGUGGUAGGGGAGUCUGAACUAGAAAAGUGUGAACUCCCAGACCUUGACUUCGGGGAGUUCUUCAAAGCCAGGUACUUUAAGUAG